GGCGUGCUGCGAGAGCUGGCCAAGCCUCUAGCCAAGACCCGUGAUCUUGAGCUGAAGAAUGGUUGUGAUUUCUCUUUUGCUGGGCUGAAGACAUCGAUGCGACACCUCAUCGAGGGAGGCAAGUACAGCAAGCCUGACAUGGCGGCCUCUUUCCAGAAGCGCUGUGUAGACCAUCUUGUUGAACGGGCGGGUCGAGCCAUUGAUUGGGCCUUGGAAAUCGACGAUAGCAUCAAGGACCUGGUGGUCGCUGGUGGAGUUGCUGCAAACAAGAGCGUUCGGUCUAACAUGCAGGAGCUGGCCAAGGAGAAGGGUCUCACCUUACACUGUCCUCCUACUAGGCUCUGUACUGAUAACGGCACUAUGGUGGCUUGGAACGCUAUAGAGCAUCUCAAGGAGGGUCUGUACGAGCGUGCGCCCUGCACUGCCGAAUCGGCUGAGAAGUUCGUCGAAGUGCGGCCCCGAUGGCCUUUGGGACCGCGAGAUGACAGGUGUCGGGGACGAGACAAUGCUGAGGGUGGUCGUAAGGCUAGGAAGAGACCCCAGCCUGAGGAGCCCUCGGAGGAGCAGCUGAGGGAGAUCAAACGUGUCGCAGCGGAAGUGAGAAUUUCCUGA